AAGAGAAGAAUCAGAGCCUAUAAAAGCUGACAGAGAUGAAAGGUAUCUUGGUGGUUACAGACGGUCAGAGGUUAGACGUUUCAUCCAGUUCUUCUUUCUGUUGGGAGCAGAUAAUAAAAAGCUGCAGCUAUGAGCAGGGAUGCAGAAAUGGAGGUUUUCGGGGUGGCUGCCCCUUACCUACGCAAAUCUGAGAAGGAGCGAAUAGAAGCCCAGAACCAGCCCUUUGAUGCCAAGACCUAUUGCUAUGUGGCUGAGCCCAAGGAGGAAUAUGCCAAAGGGAAAAUUAAGAGUACCGAAGGUGGGAAGACAACGGUUGAGACAGAUGAUGGCAGGACACUGACUGUCAAGUCAGAUGAUGUGUAUGCUAUGAAUCCACCUAAGUUUGAGAGAAUUGAAGACAUGGCAAUGCUAACGCACUUGCACGAACCUGCAGUUUUAUACAACCUGAAAGACCGCUACAGCUCCUGGAUGAUCUAUACUUAUUCGGGUCUCUUCUGUGUUACUAUCAAUCCAUACAAAUGGCUGCCUGUGUACAACCCAGAGGUGGUGGCUGGUUACCGGGGCAAAAAACGCACAGAAGCGCCUCCUCACAUCUUCUCCAUCUCUGAUAAUGCCUAUCAGUUCAUGUUGACUGAUCGUGAAAACCAGUCUAUCCUGAUCACUGGAGAAUCUGGUGCAGGAAAGACUGUGAACACCAAGCGUGUUAUCCAGUACUUUGCAACAAUUGCAGCUACUGGAGACGGAGCCAAGAAAAAGGAGUCCCAAUCCAAAAUGAAGGGGACACUGGAAGAUCAAAUCAUCAGUGCCAACCCUCUAUUGGAGGCCUUUGGAAAUGCCAAGACUGUGAGAAAUGACAACUCCUCACGUUUUGGCAAAUUUAUUCGGAUUCAUUUUGGUGCCACUGGAAAGUUGGCCUCUGCAGAUAUUGAGACCUAUCUGCUGGAAAAGUCAAGAGUAACUUUUCAGCUAAAGGCUGAAAGAAGUUACCACAUUUUCUAUCAGAUCCUUUCCAAUAAGAAACCAGAACUGAUUGAAAUGCUUCUAAUUACAACCAACCCAUACGACUAUCCAUUUAUAAGUCAAGGUGAGAUCACAGUUCAAAGCAUCGAUGACCAAGAGGAACUAAUAGCUACAGAUACAGCUAUAGAUAUCCUGGGUUUCACUGCUGAAGAGAAGGUUGGAAUCUAUAAACUGACAGGGGCAGUGAUGCACUAUGGGAACAUGAAGUUUAAGCAGAAACCACGAGAGGAGCAGGCAGAGCCAGAUGGCUCUGAAGAGGCUGACAAGACAGGUUAUCUGAUGGGCCUGAAUUCUGCAGACUUGUUGAAGGCUCUGUGUUUCCCUCGAGUGAAAGUGGGGAAUGAAUAUGUGACCAAAGGUCAAACUGUGGACCAGGUACAUCAUGCUGUCAAUGCCCUUUCUAAAUCAGUCUAUGAGAAGCUGUUCUUCUGGAUGGUAGCCCGUAUCAAUCAACAACUGGAUACAAGGUUGCCUAGGCAACACUUCAUUGGGGUCUUAGAUAUUGCAGGCUUUGAAAUAUUUGAGUACAACAGCCUGGAGCAGCUGUGCAUCAACUUCACCAACGAGAAACUGCAACAGUUUUUCAACCAUCACAUGUUUGUGCUGGAGCAGGAAGAGUACAAGAAGGAGGGAAUUGAAUGGACUUUCAUAGACUUUGGUAUGGAUCUGGCUGCCUGCAUUGAACUCAUUGAGAAGCCAAUGGGCAUCUUCUCCAUCCUAGAAGAGGAGUGCAUGUUUCCCAAGGCAACUGACACUUCUUUCAAGAACAAGCUCUAUGACCAGCAUCUUGGAAAAUCUGCCAAUUUCCAGAAGCCUAAGCCUACCAAAGGCAAGGCUGAGGCCCACUUCUCCCUAGUGCAUUAUGCAGGGAUUGUGGACUAUAAUAUCAGUGGCUGGUUGGAAAAGAACAAGGACCCCCUGAAUGAAACUGUUGUGGGGCUUUAUCAGAAAUCAUCAAUUAAAAUGUUGGCCAACCUUUACGCAGCUUUUUCUUCCCUAGAGGAUGCUGAAGGUGGGGGUGCUAAGAAGAAAGGAGCCAAGAAGAAGGGAUCAUCUUUCCAAACUGUUUCUGCAUUGUUCAGGGAAAACCUGAACAAACUAAUGUCCAACUUGCGGACAACUCAUCCACAUUUUGUGCGUUGCAUCAUCCCCAAUGAAACUAAAACCCCAGGUGCAAUGGAUCACAAGCUUGUCCUGCACCAGCUGAGAUGUAAUGGAGUUCUGGAAGGCAUUCGGAUCUGCAGGAAGGGAUUUCCAAACAGAAUUAUAUAUGGGGAUUUUAAACAAAGAUACCGUGUUCUGAAUGCUAGUGCUAUCCCAGAGGGCCAGUAUAUGGAUAGCAAGAAAGCUUGCGAGAAACUCCUGGGGUCUAUUGAUAUUGAUCAUACUCAGUACAAAUUUGGACACACCAAAGUGUUCUUCAAGGCUGGAUUGCUCGGCCUUUUGGAAGAGAUGCGAGAUGAUCGUCUAGCAUUGCUCAUUACUCGCACCCAGGCUGUGUGCAGAGGAUUCCUCAUGAGAAUGGAAUACCAAAAAAUGAUAGAGAGAAGGGAAGCAAUCUUCACCAUUCAGUACAAUAUUCGCUCAUUCAUGAAUGUCAAACAUUGGCCAUGGAUGAAGCUGUACUUCAAAAUUAAGCCAUUGUUAAGGAGUGCAGAGGCAGAAAAAGAAAUGGCCACAAUGAAAGAAGAGUUCCAAAAAACCAAAGAAGAACUUGCUAAAUCUGAAGCCAAAAGGAAGGAACUAGAAGAAAAAAUGGUGUCUUUGUUGCAAGAGAAGAAUGACCUUCAGCUUCAAGUGCAAUCUGAAAGUGAAAGUUUGGCAGAUGCUGAGGAAAGGUGUGACCAGCUGAUCAAAACCAAAAUUCAGUUGGAAGCUAAAAUCAAGGAACUGACUGAACGAGCAGAGGAUGAAGAAGAACUGAAUGCAGAGCUGACGGCCAAAAAGAGGAAACUGGAGGAUGAGUGCUCAGAGCUGAAGAAAGACAUUGAUGAUCUUGAGUUAACAUUGGCCAAGGUUGAAAAGGAGAAACAUGCUACAGAAAACAAGGUUAAGAACCUGACAGAAGAAAUGGCAGUUUUGGAUGAAACAAUUGUGAAGUUAACUAAGGAGAAGAAAGCCCUCCAAGAAGCCCAUCAACAAGCUCUUGAUGAUCUACAAGCUGAGGAAGACAAAGUCAACACUCUCACUAAAGCCAAAGCCAAGCUGGAGCAGCAAGUUGAUGAUCUGGAAGGCUCCUUGGAACAGGAGAAGAAAAUCCGCAUGGAUCUUGAAAGAGCCAAGAGAAAGUUAGAGGGGGAUUUGAAACUUGCUCAGGAAUCUACAAUGGAUCUAGAAAAUGAUAAACAGCAACUGGAUGAAAAGCUGAAGAAGAAGGACUUUGAGUACAGCCAGCUGCAAAGCAAAAUUGAGGAUGAACAAAAUAUGAGUAUCCAGUUCCAGAAGAAAAUCAAAGAACUGCAGGCUCGCAUUGAGGAACUGGAGGAGGAAAUUGAGUCUGAGAGAGCUACUCGGGCUAAGGCAGAGAAGCAGAGGGCUGACUUGGCGCGUGAGUUGGAAGAGAUCAGCGAGAGGCUUGAAGAGGCUGGAGGGGCUACCUCUGCCCAGAUAGAAAUUAAUAAGAAACGGGAAGCAGAAUUCCAGAAAAUGAGACGGGAUCUGGAGGAAUCUGCCCUGCAGCAUGAAGCCACAGUAGCAGCUCUCCGCAAGAAGCAUGCAGAUAGCACAGCUGAGCUUGGGGAACAAAUUGAUAACCUGCAACGUGUCAAACAAAAGCUGGAGAAGGAAAAGAGUGAGCUGAAAAUGGAGGUUGAUGACCUGGCCAGUAAUCUGGAGUCAGUAACCAAGACUAAGGCUAAUUUAGAGAAAAUGUGCCGUACAUUAGAGGACCAGCUCAGUGAACUAAAGACCAAGUCUGAAGAAAACCAGAGAACGGUGAAUGAUCUAACCAUGCAGAAAGCCCGUCUGCAGACGGAGACUGGUGAACUGACACGUCAACUUGAGGAAAAGGAAAGCAUAAUCUCCCAGCUUUCCAGAAGCAAGCAAGCAUUUUCCCAGCAAAUAGAAGAACUGAAGAGACAACUAGAAGAAGAGAGCAAGGCAAAGAAUGCACUGGCCCAUGCCUUGCAAUCUGCUCGCCAUGACUGUGACUUGCUCCGGGAACAAUAUGAAGAGGAACAAGAAACCAAGAGUGAGCUGCAGCGAGCCCUGUCCAAGGCCAACAGUGAAGUGGCCCAGUGGAGAACCAAAUAUGAGACAGAUGCCAUUCAACGCACAGAAGAGCUGGAAGAGGCCAAGAAAAAACUUGCUCAGCGGCUUCAAGAAGCUGAGGAACAAGUUGAAGCUGUGAAUUCCAAGUGUGCUUCACUGGAGAAAACUAAACAGAGGCUGCAAUGUGAAGUGGAGGACCUGAUGGUGGAUGUUGAAAGAUCAAAUGCGCAGGCAGCUGCUCUGGAUAAGAAACAAAGGAACUUUGACAAGAUUUUGGCAGAAUGGAAAGCCAAGUAUGAGGAAAGUCAGUCAGAACUGGAAGGUUCCUUAAAGGAAGCACGCUCCCUGAGCACAGAACUCUUCAAAAUGAAGAAUGCCUACGAGGAAACGUUAGAUCAGCUGGAAACAAUUAAGCGAGAAAACAAGAAUUUACAGCAGGAAAUAUCCGAUCUUACAGAACAAAUUGCUGAAAGUGGCAAAUAUAUCCAUGAACUUGAGAAGGCCAAGAAGCAGAUUGAGGUGGAGAAAUCUGACAUGCAGAUGGCUCUAGAGGAAGCAGAGGCAGCUCUUGAACAUGAGGAGGCUAAAAUCCUUCGCAUUCAGCUUGAGUUGACCCAGGUGAAAUCUGAGAUUGACAGAAAGAUUGCUGAGAAAGAUGAAGAAAUUGAUCAACUGAAGAGGAACCACCAAAGAACUGUGGACACAAUGCAAAGUGCUUUGGAUGCAGAAAUACGGAGCAGGAAUGAGGCCAUGAGGAUUAAGAAGAAGAUGGAGGGGGAUCUGAAUGAAAUGGAAAUCCAGCUGAGCCAUGCUAAUCGCCUAGCAGCUGAGACACAGAAACACCUCAGGAACGUCCAAGGGCAGCUGAAGGACACACAGCUGCAUUUGGACGACGCUCUUCGCGGCCAAGAAGAUUUGAAAGAGCAGUUGGCCAUGGUUGAACGAAGAGCUAAUCUGAUGCAGGCAGAGAUUGAGGAACUUCGGGCAGCUCUGGAACAGACAGAGAGGGGCAGGAAGAUAGCUGAACAAGAACUUCUGGAUGCCACUGAGCGUGUGCAACUCCUCCAUACACAGAACACUAGCCUUAUAAACACAAAGAAGAAGCUGGAAGUUGAUAUUGCUCAACUUCAAAGUGAAGUGGAAGAUGCCAUUAAAGAGGCCAGAAAUGCAGAGGAGAAGGCAAAGAAGGCAAUCACAGAUGCAGCCAUGAUGGCAGAGGAGUUGAAGAAAGAGCAAGAUACUAGCGCCCACCUGGAGAGAAUGAAAAAGAACCUGGAUCAGACAGUGAAGGACUUGCAACUUCGCCUGGAUGAAGCAGAGCAGCUUGCCCUGAAAGGAGGGAAGAAGCAAAUCCAGAAAAUGGAGGCCAGGAUCCGAGAGCUGGAGUCUGAACUUGAAGGAGAGCAGAAACGUGCUACAGACGCCAUCAAAGGUAUUCGCAAGUAUGAACGACGAGUCAAAGAAUUGACGUUCCAGGGUGAAGAGGACAGGAAGAAUGUGAUUAGGCUACAGGAUUUAGUGGAUAAGCUUCAGCUGAAAGUAAAAUCCUACAAAAGACAAGCAGAGGAAUUGGAUCAACAGGCCAACGUCCAUCUCUCCAAAUUCAGGAAAGCACAACAUGAGCUGGAAGAAGCUGAAGAAAGGGCUGAUAUCGCUGAGUCUCAGGUCAAUAAGCUCAGAGCAAAGACCAGAGAAGUUUCUACCACAAAGGUGGUGAUAGAAAGCGAAGAGUGAGUCUACUGCAGGACUGAAGCUGGGAAUGUAUGCAAAAUGUAUAUGUCCCCUGAUGUUGUUUGAAAACUGUAGUAGUCCUGUAAUCUUUCCUGACUCUAGUAGAAAAUAAAUUGUGCUUUGCUUAA